CCUGCCCUGGUCAGAGAGACUUAACAUGCGGUCCCUUCGACGAGCGCUCAAAAUCAGCAACAGUGUCAUCAUUAUCAUCAUCGCAUCUGACUUCAAAUCUCCCUUGACUCGAUCAGUGCGACACGACCCACAUGUCUAGAAACCUAAACUCGUUCGUUGUCAUCGAAACCUGCAUCGCGCCAACUCUUCCUGCAAAAUGCCCAACGUUUCGGCCAACUACGGGCCUGAAGUCCAAAAAGUCCCCGCAGACACACCCAUAGAAGACAUUAUCUACCUCCUCAAGCGUGAUGGUGGCGUCUUUCUCAAGCAACUCAUCCCCGUCGCCGACGUAGACCAGGCUUGGGAAGAAUGCCGAGAACGCCUAGAGAACGAUGUCGAAUGGAACGGCUCGUUCUUCCCUAAGCAGACGCAGCGGGCAACUGCCCUACUAGCUCUCAGUCCUACCUAUGCCAAGACCCAAGUAAUGAACUCCGUCUACCAACAAGUGUGCGACCAUUUCUUGACCACCCGAAGCUGUUUCUGGUGGGGUAGCGAAAAAAAGGAGUCGGUGUCCAAGCCUUACGUCCACUCAUGCACAGCCAUGAGAAUCGGCCCCGGUGGCAAAGCCCAGCCUUUGCACCGCGACGACUAUAUCAGCCACAACCACCAUCCGGAAGUGGGCAGCUGGGACGACGAGAGGGACAAGAAUCGAGAGUCGGCCGUCGGACUGUUUGUGGCUGGGAGCAAAGUCACUAAGGAGAACGGGGGCACCCAGUUCAUCCCCCGAAGCCAUCUUUGGGGUACUGACCGAGAUGUUCCGCCUCGGGUUGAAGAAUGCAUCUACGCCGAGAUGGAGAAAGGCGAUGCCUUCAUCAUGCUGGCCUCUGCUUACCACGCAGGAGGUCACAACACAACAAAGGACGAGAAGCGGUUGGUGUUUGCAACAUUUGUCACGCGGGGAUACCUCCGACAGGAAGAAAACCAGUUCUUGUCUGUUCCCCAGGAAAUCGCGAAACAGUAUGACCGACCGAUCCAGGAGUUUAUGGGAUAUGCCAUCAGCGAGCCAGCAUGCGGGUACGUUGACCAAUUAGAUCCAAUCUUCGUGCUCAGACCGGAGUUGAAAGGUGAUGGUCGGCCAACAGAUUUUUGAGCAGGGGAAGAAGUCAUUUGUAAAUACCUAAUUCAGGCAGACACAUAGGAAAAUCCAGUAAAGCCCCCCCAAGAGCCUUAUUUAGUAGGCAAAGCAAAAAAAACCCCUAUUGAGGGAAUCUUUGCAACCAGAUUGUCGUCCACUCCACCCCUUCCCAGUCGAGCAUCCCAAUGCGGGGUGACGAGUUAUUCG